AAUCAGCGGCGGGGAGGUGGGCAGCGGUGCCGCAGGUGUUCUGCCCGGCGGAGGCCCGCGGCCGGGGGAAAGAUGGCGCCGGGCGCUCGGCGGUGGCGGCGGCUGUCGGUGCCGGUGCCGCACCCGCCGGCCGGGAGCUGCCUCCUCUUGCUGCUGCUGCUGCUCCUCCUCCUCUGCGGCCAGCUCGGGGGAGGACAGAAAAAGAAGGAGAAUCUUCUGGCUGAGAAGGUAGAACAGCUGAUGGAGUGGAGCUCAAGGCGCUCGGUCAUCCGCAUGAAUGGAGACAAAUUCCGAAGAUUUGUGAAGGCUCCACCUCGUAACUACUCUGUGAUAGUGAUGUUCACUGCUCUACAGCCACAGCGGCAAUGCUCUGUUUGCAGGCAAGCUAAUGAAGAAUAUCAAGUGCUGGCUAAUUCAUGGCGCUAUUCAUCUGCUUUUUCAAACAAGCUGUUUUUCACAAUAGUGGAUUAUGAUGAAGGGGCAGAUGUCUUUCAACAGCUGAAUAUGAACUCUGCUCCGACUUUCAUGCAUUUUCCACCAAAAGGUAAGCCCAAGAGAGCUGACACAUUUGACCUGCAGAGAAUCGGAUUUGCAGCUGAACAGCUAGCUAAAUGGAUAGCUGACAGAACAGAUGUUCAUAUUAGAGUGUUCAGGCCUCCUAACUAUUCUGGUACAAUCGCAUUGGCUCUUCUGGUAUCUCUUGUUGGUGGCUUGUUAUAUCUGAGAAGAAAUAAUUUAGAAUUCAUCUACAACAAAACUGGCUGGGCCAUGGCAGCUCUGUGUGUUGUAUUUGCUAUGACAUCUGGUCAGAUGUGGAAUCAUAUCCGUGGACCCCCAUAUGCUCAUAAAAAUCCUCAGAAUGGACAAGUGAGUUACAUACAUGGAAGCAGUCAGGCUCAGUUUGUUGCAGAAUCUCAUAUUAUUCUUCUGCUGAAUGCUGCUAUCACCAUGGGAAUGGUACUCCUGAAUGAAGCUGCUACAUCCAAAGGGGAUGUUGGAAAGAGGAGAAUAAUAUGCCUGGUAGGCCUGGGUCUGGUGGUCUUCUUCUUCAGUUUCCUUUUGUCGAUAUUCCGUUCCAAAUACCAUGGCUACCCAUAUAGCUGGUGAAGAAAGAAAAAAAAGAAAUCUAGGAUAGUGCUGAAAAGAAUGAUUCGUUACAAUCCUGUUAAAGUGAGAUACUGCUUCAUCAUGCUGCUACUAUGAAGAAACUGGUAGACCCAUAAACCAAAAUCUGUCCUAAGGAGCUGAGUUAGAAUCAGCAUCACAACUUACUAAUUGAUAACACCCAUGAGAUAAAUUCAUAAAAGAAUGAACUCCAUUGAUGCUAAGUACAUGAGAAACAUUUAGUAGCUGACUGAGUAUGUUGAAGUUAUUCCUUGUUAUUGUAACAUUACUGCUUCUACAGAAUUUAGCAAGAUUUUACAGGCUUGCUUGUGCUCUUCUGGAUUCUCUGUGUUUUCAUGGGAAUUAAGUAACCAUUCAGUCUUAAAUCCUCAUUCAGUGCAGAAUUACUGGAAACUGUCACUAGAACUGAUCCUAUUACUUUGCCAUGAUGAAAUUUCAUUUACUUGUUUCCAAAUGUUUAAUUUGCUUAUCUGUUCCUUUCCUCUGUUAAAUCUUUGAGGGUUUUGAUGGUCUCUUGGGUAGUUCUGAACCCAUUUUCUGUUCCAUUAUUGUAAAUAAACAUUCUAUUGAUUCUUUGACACUUCAGUUGUCUCAACCAUGUAGUCUACAGACACUGUCAUACUCUUUGUGAAGAGGAGAAGCUUCUUUAUGUUCAUACUUAAUUAAUUUUAAUUUAAAGUGAACAUACAGAACAGUAAGGUAGACUAAGUAUAUAAAUUCUGUUAUUUUCUCAUUGCUCCUUUAAUUUUAUAUCCUGCACUUAAAUCUUAGUCAUAUUCGCUGAUACACAUUCAUCUUUUUGUCUGAAUUUCUCAGCAUCUUUCCAAAGAGUUUCUUGUCCCAUCAAUUGAUCUUGGUGUAGAUAUGUCUUAUGAUGUGAAAUAUGUCUGUCUUUUUACUUUCACUGGUAGUAGAUUUCACCUUGAAACUAUCAGUCUUUAUGUGAUAAAUUGUCCUCAGGCUAGUAAAGCUUUGCCUGUAACAACAAUGCAUA